UGGAGCUACAUCUCUUUUUAAAAUCAAGAUUUGGAGGUUCUUUGGCCCCAAAUUAAACAGGACUUUGGAGGGGUUUCUUUUCCCAAUUCAUCUCUAAUUUCCAUGGCUGCUCGCACUAUCUUCCUCAAACUCACAAGAAAUGCUCGUGGCAGAGAAAGGAGUCUAUUUAGAUCCUUUACUACAACAACUGAAGUUGUCUAUGAAGACUCCCCAAAUUCUUCUGAGGAAGAAAGGGGCGAAACCCCAGAUGAUUUGAAGAGCAGAAUAUUCAGUCUUAGACUACCCAAAAGAAGCGCCACCAACGCGCUUCAGAGAUGGGUCGGUGAAGGCCGAUUAAUAUCCAUCUCCGACCUCCGUCACAUCUCCAAAGAACUCCGAAAGUCGCGCAGAUUUAAGCACGCCCUUGAGAUCUCAGAAUGGCUGGUUUACCACAAUCAGGAUGAAGCAUUGGACUCCGACUAUGCUAUCCGCAUUGACUUGAUGACCAAAGUUUUUGGAAUUGAUUCUGCUGAACGGUAUUUUGAAGGACUGCCUACCACUGUAAAAACCACUGAAACAUGUACUGCUCUCCUCCAUUCCUAUGCUAGUUUGAGACUAACUGAGAAGGCUGAGGACCUCUAUGAGAGAAUGAAAGAAGCAAAUCUUUCUCUGAAUACUGUCACGUACAAUGAAAUGAUGACUUUGUACAUGUCUGUCGGACAGCUCGAGAAAGUACCUCUUAUUGUUGAAGAGAUGAAACUUCAAAAGGUUGCACCAGACCUAUUUACUUAUAAUCUGUGGGUAAGUUCAUGUGCUGCAGCUCUAAACAUUGACAAGGUUAGACGGAUUCUUGAUGAAAUAAGUCGGGGCUCUGACUCUGGUGAACAAUGGAUAAGAUACAUGAACCUUGUUAACAUAUACAUCACCUCAGGUAACCUUGUAAACUCAGGGUUGAACUCUGUAGUUGAAUCUGAGAAGGGUAUCACACAAAGAGAAUGGAUAUCAUAUGACUUCCUUAUUAUUCUCUAUGGUGCAUUGGGAAAUAAAGAGAAGCUUGAUCAAAUUUGGAAAUCCUUACGGAUGACUAAUCAAAAAAUGACAAGCAGAAAUUAUAUCUGCAUACUUUCAUCAUAUCUCAUGCUUGGGCAUAUGAAGGAAGCUGGAGAAAUUAUCGAUCAGUGGAAGCUAUCUGCAGCAACAGCUUUUGAUCGUUCCAGCUGCAAUAGACUUCUAAAAGCAUAUAAAGAACUUGGGUUGGAAGAGAGUGCAGUAGAUUUCCGGCUUCUUCUAAUUCAGAAAGGUUGUGAUGAAAUAGAGGAAUCAUAGUAGCAGGACCAUGCGAUCGAAUGCCUGCCAGCAUUUCAUGUGGCAGUAUAGAGAGAAAUAAGCAAUGCCUAUAAAGUAGUAAUUUCAUCUAUACUGAAUUUUGCUACUGUAAAAUUAGCAGGUCAUUGUGAGUCCAUUUCUGUUUGUUUGCUGCGACUCUAUUAGAAAAGUUGUGCAGCUAUUCUGGACUUUAUAUUCUAUUUAGCAAGCCUUGUGAUUAUUUAUUAGGAAUAACUGAUGGACGUCUUUCCUUUCCCAAUUAUUCGACAUUAAGGGUCUAUUUGAAAAGACAAUUGAUAAUUUGAA